AAGAAGAAAAGGGAGGAGAAACAAGGGAGGGGUGGAAGAAAAACUGAAAAACAACUGGAAUUCUCUUGUGUUCACCCAGUCCGGAAGUGCACAAGAGGAGAACGUAAAAAGCAGCUCCGGACAGAAGUUUCCGUCUCAUCUUCCUUUGGUUUGAUCGGAGUCAGUUUGGCAUUGCGAGCCCUCGCGCAUUUGACAUGGAUGGCUUAAAUCCGGUGCUGCGGUUCUUAAUGAACCAAAAGGCUACCAUCGGCUACAGCUUCAUGGCAAUCUUAACCAUUGGUGGGGAGCGGGUUUUCUCUAUGGUCUCCUUCCAAUGCCCGUGCAACCGCAGCCAGAACUUCGCGUAUGGGAUCACCUUCCUUUUGGGGCCGGCCGUGGUGCUGCUGGUGCUGGGGUUCUUCUUCAGCACACGCAUGUGGAGGCUCUUCACAGGCUGCUGCCUGAACCCACUUAAACUCUGCCCCCGGGGGAACUGCCUGGGCUGCACAGCCAUCUUGCUGAAGGUUGCUGUGGGCGCCUGCGUCGCCCCGGUUAUGUGGAUCUGCGUGGCGCUGCUCAACGGGACCUUCUACGAGUGCGCCAUCAGCGGGCUGGACGAAAACCUGGUGGUGGACCUGUUCUGUAAGAACAAGACGCUGAUGUGCCGGGCGGAGCUGGCGCGCGUGCCCUGCGGGAGGACCAAGCUCCCGGCAGACGAGAGCAUGGAGCUCCUGCUCAUGUUCCGUGCACAGUCCCAGGUCCUGGGCUGGGGCAUCAUAAUUGUGGCCGCAGUUGCAGGGCUGGUGGGUACCUGCUAUAAAAACUGCCGAUCCCAGGUGAGUUACCUGCAGCUCACCUUCUGGAAGCGCUAUAUGGACAAGGAGAGGGAGAAGUUUGAGAUCUACGCCUCGGAGUACUCCAGCAAGCUUGCUGAGCGCAACCUCAAGAGCUUCUUCGAAAACAGCUGCCCAGAGCCAUACCCAUUUCCCAACCACAGGUCCUGGGAGGAGAUAUCGGCCCUCUACACCUUCACCAAGAGCGAGCAGUAUUACAGCACACUGCAACGCUAUGUGGAGCGCGCAGACCGCGACUACAGCCCAGAAAAGAGGCCAGUGCUGGACAUUGAGCAUGGCAUCGAGAUUGCCUGAGUAGGCAGAAAGGGUGGGCGGGGAUGGGGUUGCAGGGUAACUGCAUCGUAGAAGUGUUUGCUGUCAUAAGGCAGUGUCAUAUGAUCUAACAGCGGCAUGUACCUGGGUCAUAUGACCUAUGAACUAUGACCAAUCUGUGGGAUGAUCACUGACAUGGACUAUGUACGGUCAACAUUUCAUAUGAAAGUCUGAGCAGACAGAGCUAUGAAAGCUUUGGCUACCAUAUAAACAAACAUCUAGGAUGGAUCAUUUCUUGCCCUUACUUUAUUCUCACAAUUGGCAGCUGUGUCUGCUGCUGUGCCUCCUGUACCUGUACAAGGAGCAAUACAGCUGGAGCAUAUAUACCUGCCCACAAACCAGUGACUACCAUCCACACUGCAGGCCAUCGAGUACUACACAGCUUGCACAGAUUGGAGGAGAGUUCUCGCUGAGAGCCAUCGGUUUUCUAUAGAUGUCUAGCAUAUCUGUGGAAGGAUUUAAUGCAGCAAUAACCUAAGGAACUCUGUCAAACAUAAACACAACGUACCACUGGCAGGACAAAAUCUAUUCUGUUUAGCUGCUGUGGACUCCUAGUCAUCAUUGACUAGAAAUCACUGACUCACAAGCCAGUGAUGUCUAGGUUAUAGGACCAAGCCUGUGUUUGGAAUACUUUCACCAACCACUUUGGAAUAGGUUUUCAAUGCAGAAGAAGUAGAGGCAAUAUAAAUGAUAUUCACUUUCAACAGUCUGUUGACUGAUCCCCUAUCUGCCACAAUGCCAUGCACAGUGCCAUACAUUUCUAACAUGGCUAAAUGGAUAAAUAAAAUGUCAAUGUUAUAGCUAAAAAAUACAAUUUUGAGCAACAAUGAACCUUAUUAUUUAAUUAGCAGUCUAAUAUUAUAUUAUGCAAGUGAACCAACUUUAUCAGUUUAUGAGCGAGACAUUUACAGUACACAGACCUUCCAAUGUGUGUAAAAGCCCACUCCUGUGUUAUGGUCCGAUUCUGUCCUAGCUAUGCUUGCAUUCCAUUCUGAUACAUGAACCCAGUUUAACCAUGAGUAACUCUUAUAACACGGAUAAUUUAGCCGGAAGUUUGAUAAAUCUACACAACACUAGCCACUGUGCUGCUGCCCUGCUCCCAGGUAAAGAUGCACCCACAGUCAAUUAACCCUCAACCACACCCCCACUGAGACCAACAUUAGAAAGUCUGUGCAUAUAGAGUAUGUGUUGUAUACAUGUGGCAUAUAAACAUUAUCAGUCACAAUUGUUAAGCAUAACUUAGUGGUUAAAUAAGUUGUGUACUGGAAUUACAAAUCAACUUUCAAUGAACCUUAAAGCAAAGUCAAAUCCCAGAUGAGGCACUACCGUUGUUUCCUUGAGUAAGGUACUAAACCUGAAUUGCGUCAGUAAUAUAUCCAGUUCAAUAAAAGGAUAGGGUUUGGCUAAAUUCCAAUUAUUAAUGUACUUCAGUAGUCAAUGCAAAUCUCAUUCAUUCCUCAUGUACUAGAAGUGCAAGAAUACAAGAGAAAGUAAAUGCUUAGGAAAUUAAUUGGAAUUCAGAAAAAUUUAACUGGAGUUGAAUUAGUGGAAUUCUGUUAAUUAAAUGGAUAAUGUUUAAUGACCUGUAUCUAAGCUGUACAAGUCAUUGUGCUUGAUGUCCACCCAAGCAAAUAAAUUAUGUAAUCUAAUAAUGUAUUUUCUGGUAUACCUUGCACGUCUCUUAUGACACAGAGAUACUACCACAGCAGGCACAUUAUAGCCUCCUUACACUUUCAUUCAUUCUGUUUGUCUGCCUGGGUGUCCCACCUAGUUAUAUUUGCAUAAAACAACAGGAAAAGUCGAGCAUGUAUGUACAGAGCUACUACAGAACAGAGCUACCAAUGCUCUGAUCUGCCCCUUUGCUAACUUUCUGGAAAGCAUACAAUAAGGUCAUUACUUUACCACAAGAGAACAGCAAUAAUGAAUUCCAUCUUAAACCUGCAGGCUACACUAGUUCCGUGCUUUUAAAUGCAAACUGUGAAGUCCCUUGUUUUUCCUCUUACACUUAGCAAAUUGUUCAGUUUUAUCAUUUAUGUACUGUUUCUGACAGCUAAUAAAAAGUGGUCCAAA